AUGAUCUACGAUGACACCAGCAAGAAGUGGGUGCCGAUCAAACCCGGGCAGCAGGGCUUCAGCCGCAUCAACAUCUACCACCACAACACGGCCAGCAACACCUUCCGGGUCGUCGGGGUCAAACUACAGGACCAGCAGGUCGUCAUAAACUAUUCACUUGUGAAAGGUCUGAAAUACAACCAGGCCACGCCCACCUUCCACCAAUGGAGGGACGCCCGCCAGGUAUACGGCCUCAACUUCGCCAGCAAGGAAGAGGCCACCGCCUUCUCCAACGCCAUGCUGUUCGCCCUCAACAUCAUGAACUCCCAAGAUGGAGGUCAUCCAGGAAAGGCUUCCCUCCAAUCAAAGUGUGCGUCACCGAGGAGCGCAAUAUGGCGGAACACCGGGAAGGACCGCCCCCCCCGAAGAAGAGUCACCGCCAUCAGCCUGAACUGUAAGUACCCCUCCCCCAAAACUGGAAGUGCCCCCCAAACUGGAAGUAUACCCCUCCCCCUAUACUGGAAGUAUCUCCCUCCCCCCACAAACUGGAAGUGCCCCCCAAAUGGAAGUAUCCCCCCCCCCCCUCCCCCCUGUACUGGAAGUGCCCCCCAAACUGGAAAUACUCCCCCUAAACUGGAAGUACCCCCCCUCCCCCUAUACUGGAAGUACCCCCCAAACUGGAAAUAUCCCCCUUCCCCCCCCCAAACUGGAAGUACUCCCCCUAAGCUGGAAGUACACCCCUCCCCCCUAUACUGGAAGUAUCUCCCUCUCCCUAAACUUGGAGCACCCUUGAAAGCUGGAAGUAUCCCCCCCCCCCGUAAACUGGAAAUAUCCCCCACCCCCCAAACUAACUGA